AUGAUUUCAACAAUCGGCACAACAACAAUUCAAGCCGCGAACGGCGGGACUCUGUCCACAACAACAGCACCAAACUCGUUAGUCAUGAAUCCUACGUCAAUGUUAGUAGAGAUGAAAAACUUCAUUCCUUCUUCAUAUACUUUCGAAACAAAAAUCCAGAAGAUAAAGCAAGAACUUUUAACAAGUAAUUUAGACUGUAGUGCGAAAGAUGAAGAAAAUGAAGAAUAUCUUUAUGAAAUGCAGGACAUUAUUGACCAUUUACCCAAAUUGCCUGAAAUCCAACAACAAAAACUCACUAUUCCUGAAUUCGACGAAAUUGAAGUGAAACCAACUGACUCAGUAGAAAUAAAGAAGUUCAUACGUAAAGUAAAUUAUGAAUUCCUUGGUUUUCAUUGCAACCAUAAGGUUAUGGACAAAGAUUGCGACAUGGUAUAUAAAAACAUUUCUGACAUAUAUAAAUCUGAGGAGUUUAAGACUUACGAUAACUUUGUUUCAUUAGUUGCAAAAUGUGUUUGGGAAAUAAGAGAUAAAGAUAGAAGAGGCAAA